AUUAAAAUAAAAAAAAAAAAUACGAAAAUUGCGAUUUCGAUUUAUUUACUUCCAUUUAUCUUUUCAAAUAGUGGUGUGGAGUUAAUUACUGAAAAUGUCGCAAUUAGCAGGCACCAAGCCUAUGACCAUCUGUGGUCGUGUGGCAAUAGAACGCGAAAGAUGCAUUGGAAUGACUGAUGCUGAAAGAGCUUUUCGCAAGCAGUGGCUGAAGGAUCAGAUCUUAGCCCCGAACGAACCCGUACACGUUGAGGCAUAUUGGAAAGAACGCAUCAAUCCUAUCCGCCGCUUCUAUCGCAAACCCCUGGACGUUCUUUAUGAUCGCUUAACUCCAAUGCUGGGAGCACAAAGAGCUGCAGACUACAGAUACAUCACAGGAAAACUUGGAUUUAUAGCUCUCGGAAUUUUGGGAGUUCAUUACUAUUUCAAAUAUCAAGGAAAUGAUUGGACUAAGAAAGGUGGCUGGAGAGUAAUGAGGACAAAGCCAAUGGUAUUACCAGGACAACCAGGAUUUCCAUUUAAGUCCGAACGUACAACUGACUCUGAUUAUGCUGAUAGAGGUUUCAAGAAAUCUGCGUUUAACUAAAAGUGAAUAUAAUGUUAUAGAUCAAAGUUAGAAUAAAAUGAAAUACAAUAUUGUUA